CUCGCUAACGCUCACACACUUACCCUCGGCAGACAGGACGUCAUGACUGCGCUGAAUUGUCCGAAUCAAGUUGCUUCAUGAAUGUGUUGUAGGCUGUCUUGUGAGACUUUGGAAAACUUUUUGAUGGCACGUGAUAUAACCUCAAAGACGUCUUUAGCGUGCAAGAAUGAAAAUAAGAUGUGUCCUGUUACAUAAGUUGAGACAGAGGUGCUUCUUGUUGUCCCUGUCCCUGCUGGUGGUGUGUCUGCUGAAGCUGGUCUACGUCAAGGUGAUGGUGAGGAACAGCUUCUACAUUGAGCCCUAUGGAAUCACCGCCAGCUCUUCACGGAUCCCCAACCACCAGUAUGACAUCAACUGCACCGCUAUCUACCAACUAGACCCUGUGGAGUUAGGGAAGAGUUUGGAGAUCAGGCGUAAAGUCAUCGUGGACUUGGAGGACGACAGCAUCGUGUCUUUGACCUUGGACUGUCAGAGGUACAUCGAGACGAGAGGAUAUGAUGUCAUCCCGGUAUCAGAGGAGGAACGGAGGUUCCCGCUUGCGUACUCUCUGGUGGUGCAUAAGAACGCUCCCAUGGUGGAAAGGAUCCUCAGGGCCAUCUAUUCCCCUCACAACCUCUACUGCAUCCACUAUGACCAGAAGUCCUCUCAGAAAUUCAUAGCAGCUAUGAGGAACUUGGCUCAGUGUUUCCCCAACCUGUUCAUAGCCUCCAAGCUGGAGUCUGUGCAGUAUGCCCACAUCACCCGGCUAAACGCUGACCUCCACUGUCUCAACGACCUGCUGGAGAGGUCAGAGGUCAAGUGGAAGUAUGUCAUCAACCUCUGCGGCCAGGACUUCCCCCUCAGGUCGAAUGGUGAGCUGGUGUCGGAGCUGCGGGCGCUUAAUGGUGCCAACAUGCUGGAGACCUCCCGUCCCAGCGAGCUGAAGAAACAACGCUUCCGUUUCCAGCACCAGCUAAAGGACGUGCCCUACGAGUACCGCCGUUUACCCGUCCGAACCACCCAUGCCAAGGCGGCGCCACCACACGACCUCGAGAUAUUCAUCGGCAGCGCCUACUUUGUCCUCUCACGAGACUUUGUCCGUUACGUCGGAAAUAGCUCUGUGGCGAGGGAGUUCCUGGAAUGGUCAGCUGACACAUACUCUCCGGACGAACACUUCUGGGCGACACUGGUGAGAAUCCCUGGUGUACCAGGAGAGAUCCUCCGGUCUGCCCCGGAUGUGACAGACUUAAAGAGUAAAACGCGACUGGUGAAGUGGAAUUAUCUGGAAGGGUCUCUGUACCCUCCCUGCACAGGGACUCACAUGCGGAGUGUUUGUAUCUACGGGUCUGCGGAGCUGAGGUGGUUACUAAACUAUGGCCAUUGGUUUGCUAACAAGUUUGACCCCAAAGUGGACCCUGUGCUUAUUAAAUGCUUGGAGGAGAAACUGGAAGAGAAACGGAGACACUGGGGAAACACGGUGCAGAAGUAAAAAAAUAAAUAAAAUGGGAUGGGAGAAUCAGUUGAUUUGUUGGUUUAUUUGGAAGAUUUACUCAUCCUGCAAAUGCACUGUUGAGGCCCUUUGCUCCACUAGGAGCUACAAGGAAUAAGUAAAAGUUAAGUGGCAGGAUAUUGCACUUGGUCUACAGAAGAAAGGUCUCUUUCCAGUUGCGUUUUAUGUCUACUGUAUACUAGUUCAAACUAGUUUAUCCGGCUGUUUUUUAAUUGAAAUGAAUUGUUGAAGUUCAAUUGAACUCUUUGAUUGAAAGAUUUUGCCCGACAGUGUUUUUAUAAUGUCAAAGAUGGACGUUUCAGAGGAUAGUGAAACUAAACUAUGUCUACACUACUAGUUCUGUCAUGGAUAUCACAAACAUAAAAACAGAAUCAAUUAUGCCAUCAUUGACUUGAAAGGGGAGGUCCGUUCUAUAGAUUCUAUUUCAAUGAUCGCUAAGACCUUACUAUGAUGUCACAUGUUGCAAUAACACCUAAUAGAAUGUCUCAUCUUGAUACCAGAUGAAAUGAGUUGAGAUUGAAUUGACAGUAAUGGAUGUUAUUCUCUAAGAUACUUUCACAUGGGUAGAAAUGCAAAACUCUUGACCAAACCUACAAUACCAAAGACACUCAAAAACUGUAACAAAAACUGUACAUCAAAGCUGGAUGUCAGGUUUUUAAAGUUUACAUGAAAACACACCAAGAUUAUACUAUUUAUUAUCAAGACGAUAUUAUAUUUGUCAAGUGCAGAGUUUGAUACAGUAGUAAGUAAAAAGGUUGACAUCUCUAAUCAUGAAUUAUUUAUUUCU